GCAAGGUGCCGCGGCGGUCGCACUAAUGAGCUCGCCACAAAAUUCUAUCGGCGAUGCUACAAACGUGCAGCGACUGUUUUUACUUGGACUCGGGAGGCUUUGCCGUCGUCGAGAUAGUGUGGGGCAGCGCGCACGAUGGCUGCUUAUUCGGGUUAAAAAGAGAAAUCCAUGUCUCAGCACAGGCGGUGCAAAAUCUUCAGUGAGCUGAACGAACGUGCGACGAGGAGGUCAACUCAUCGCGGUAGCCACGGGAUACCGACCACGUAACAUAGCAGCAGUUUCUCGGGCGCUGUUAUGGCCCUUCGGAGAUCCACGCUUCACCACCGCUUCAGGACAGGAAUUUGGUGUCCGACGGUGUUCCUGUGCAUCGGACUCGCCUGUUUAGUUCAUCGGACCCAGUCUUCCAAGGGCGGGCAAGUCUACACGAACCAAUUCGCGGUCGAAAUUCACGGUGGUGAGGCAGCCGCUGCCGAAGUCGCUCGUCGGCACGGAUUUAUUUACCAAGGACAGAUCGGCACCCUAGAAAACCACUACUUAUUCGAGCACCACUCCAUUCACAAACGCUCGACAGAGGCAAGUCACAGCCAUCACACCAAAUUGGAACAAGACGAGCAAGUACGGUGGUGCGAGCAACAGGUGGUGAAGCGACGGGUGAAACGAGACUUCAACCUGGAUGACGUCCGAUACCAGGAACAGUUUCAUCGGUCCUACCGCAUCUUCUCUGACCCCUUGUACCAGAAGCAAUGGUAUCUGAAUGGAGGGGCACUUGGAGGCCACGACAUGAACGUGGCACCUGCCUGGGAGAGGGGGUACACCGGGAAAGGGGUGGUGGUCACCAUCCUCGACGACGGCAUUCAAACAAACCAUCCCGACCUCCUCCAGAACUAUGACGCCUUUGCCAGCACUGACAUCAAUGAUAAUGAUGACGAUCCCAUGCCCCAAGACAACAACGACAACAAGCACGGGACACGAUGUGCAGGAGAAGUGGCUGCCACCGCUCUCAACGAGUACUGCGGUGUCGGAGUGGCCUACAACGCCAGCAUUGGAGGGGUACGGAUGCUGGACGGCACGGUGACGGAUGAAGUGGAGGCCCGUGCCCUCAGCCUGAACCCGCACCACAUCGACAUCUACAGCGCCUCUUGGGGCCCAGAAGAUGACGGGAAGACUGUGGAUGGCCCUGGAAAGCUGGCCAAACAGGCGUUUUUCCAGGGCAUUGCCAAGGGUCGCCACGGUCUGGGCUCGAUCUUUGUCUGGGCGUCGGGCAACGGGGGCCGCUUCAAUGACAACUGCAACUGUGAUGGCUACACCAACUCGAUCUACACGCUGUCCAUCAGCAGCGCCACCCAGCACGGCUCCAAGCCCUGGUACCUGGAGAUGUGCUCCUCCACUCUCGCCACCACCUACAGCAGCGGCUCCCCGGGCAAGGACGCCAACGUGGUCACCGUGGACAUGGACCUCUCCUUUCGUCACAAGCGCAACAGUGACUCUCUCUGCACCCAAGCUCACACUGGGACAUCUGCCUCUGCCCCACUGGCUGCCGGCAUCUGCGCCCUGGCACUGGAAGCUAAUCCUAAGCUGACCUGGAGAGACAUGCAGCACCUGGUUGUGAUGACGUCCCGUCCCGAGCCACUCUUGGGAGAGGAGGGCUGGGCCACCACCGGCGUGGGACGUAAAGUGAGCCACAAGUUUGGAUACGGACUCAUGGAUGCAGACGCCAUGGUCGUCUUGGCGGAGCAGUGGACAACAGCCCCACCGCAGCACGUCUGUCGCACCAACAGUGACACCACCGAGUGGGUGAUUCCUAAUCGUCCCGGGGAGAGCCUGGAGGUGACAAUGAACACGAGUGGCUGCUGGGGCCAGAGGGACUCCGUCCGCUACAUCGAGCACGUGCAGGUGGUGGUCUCUCUUCAGUUCCUCCCCAGAGGCAGUCUGCGCAUCACCCUGGUGUCUCCCAGUGGCACCGCCUCACAUGUGCUGCUGCCGCGUUCCUACGAUGUCAAGGAGGACGCCUUCAACAACUGGCCGUUCAUGUCGGUCCACUUCUGGGGCGAGCCGGCAGCCGGCACCUGGCGCCUGAUCUUGGGAAGCGAGGGAAUCCGCCGGUCCCCGUUCCCGGGAAAGCUGAAGGAGUGGUACCUCAUCUUCUACGGCACGGACUCGGACCCGGUGAAGCUACGCCCGCGGCCGCACAACUCGUACAUCGUGCGCGACACCAGUGCCAGCUCGGCACACGCCGCGGUCAAGAACCGGCCCUCGCGGAACCCCUGCGCCGCCGACGCCAAAUACCAGUCCGCGGAGAGCGGCGAGUGCGUCGACUCGUGUCCGGCGGGGCAGUUCGGGAGCCGGGGCAGCCUGGCGUGCGAGGCGUGCCAUCCGGACUGCGAGAGCUGCUACGGUCCGUCGGAGGACAACUGCCUGGCGUGUAGGGCGGGCCGGUAUCUCGUGGACAAUGCCUGCUGGAGAGAGUGUCCUGAAGGAAGCUAUGCCGACCCCGUGCUGCGGCAGUGCGUGGAGUGCGACCGGAGCUGCUCGCGGUGCAGCGACAAUUCCUCAUUCUGCUCGGCCUGCAAGGAGAACUACUUCCUGCAUGGACACUCGUGCCUUGGGUCCUGCCCCAACGGAACCCGAUCAAUGCCAGACAGCAGAGUGUGUCGUUCGUGUCAUGCGUCAUGUCACACAUGCACGGGAGAGUCGUCGCACGACUGCGUGACCUGUAGCGAGGGUCACUGGCUUUACGAGAGCCAGUGCUUCACUCACUGCCCACCCAAGUACUACCAGGGACAAGAUGGCUUCUGCCGCAGUUGCAAAGCACCCUGCAAGGAGUGUUCAUCGCUGAAGAGCUGCAAGUCCUGCGUCCAGUACUACAGACUGGAUGGCUCAUCUUGUGAAGUGGCGUACACUCCUUGUGGGGACGGCCUCUACAGUCCUGGAGGGAACUGCAACAGGUGCCACGAGACAUGCGCCACUUGCUUCGGCUCCAACGAGGACCAGUGCAUCUCCUGUCCCCCCAACAAGGUGUGGAGCAACGGUCGGUGCGUCAGCGAAUGCCUGCUGGGUUUCUACAGCGACGCAGAGAGGACGUGCGUGCAGUGCCGCGGAAACUGCCGCAAGUGCACGGGCGAGGAACUCGGGGCCUGCACCGCCUGCAUGCACGACCUCAUUCUGCAUAACGGGCAGUGCAUCCACGAGUGCCCCGUUGGCUUCCACCCGGGCGGAAGCGGCGACAACCGCCGCUGCCUGCCCUGCCACGGCACGUGCGCCACAUGCAUCAACGUGUCGGCGACGGGGUGCUUGUCGUGCCCAUCUGGGCGGGCGCUCCACGGGUCCACGUGCGUGCAGUUCUGUCCCGGCGGAACUUUCCUCCGCUUCUCCGGGGCCCUGGGAGCACAGUGCAUCCAGUGUCAUCCAGCCUGCUCCAGCUGCACAGGCCCCGGUAUUGGAUCGUGCACGGCGUGCUCCAAGAAGGCCCUGCUGUUUCAAAACACCUGCGUGCCCUGCCUGGCUGACGAGUUCCUCUCUCCUAGCAAAAAGCGCUGCCAGAAGUGCAGCCACCCGUGCAGGUCGUGCACCGGUCCCGGCGAGGACCGCUGCCUCUCGUGCGUCGACGGACUCAGUCUGGAUCCGCUAACGUGGCGGUGCCUGCCGUGUUGCCCGAGCGAUGCGACCCGAGCCACUCCGGGCACUUGCUGCGUCUGCAAUAGGGAGACCAACGAGUGCGUGACCGGCACGGAGCACCAGCGGAGUACGUCGUGGCUGGUGCAUGACAGUGCCACGGGGACCUACGACCUCUCGGUGCAGCGGGUGGCAAUGACGGUGGUGGGCAUCUGCGCGGGCGCGGUGGCCAUGUUCUUCCUCCUCUUCGGCCUGCUCGAGUGGUCGUCGUCCACCGGGGGUGGGAGCAUCCUCGGCAAGAAGGUGCGCCUGGCAGACUGGCUGCGCGGAAACGGGAACAACGGUUACUCUCGGCUUCCCGGGGCCAAGCGGACGGCUUCAGACAGAGCCCGGUUCGAGGUGGAGGCAGAGAAGGUGGCGCUGACGCGGGAGGACGAGGAAGAGGACGAGGAGGACGAGGAGAUCUUCCACAAGGUGACCUAACGACGGGGAAGCAGCGGGCAGCUGCGAAACAAUUGGGCUCUUCCCUCUGGACGAUGGCGAGGUCCUAACCAGUGAGAACUGCGCUUCGAGGGUGUGCCAUGCUAAGUGGUGGUGUCAGGGCCUGUCUAGGAACGCGCUGGCUGGUCGGCAGGGUGCAAAAAAAAAGGCGUCUGACUCACCGUCGUUCGACGUCUUGCCGCCGACGAAAAAUUGACUGCUCGUGCGGCGAGACACGGAAAACCGGCGGGAUGUCAGCCAUUCGCUCGUCCGACAGCCGACGUAUUAAUCAUUUUCUCUACGAGUAGCGAUUCUUGUUGUGACGACAGCUAGGGCUUUUUUUGUCAGUUUGUUUUGUCUUUUUUUUUUAUUCAUGCUCUGUUGGCAUUACUCGGGAAUAUUUCCAUUUAGUAGUAGUAGUUGUAAUAUCGGUUAGCUUUAAUGGCAUUGCUGGAGUGCGGAAUACUAGACCGAUUUCACCGGCCUUUGUGUGUGCGGUUGGCUUUGUAAGCAAGCUGCUGCACCAUCAUAUUUCAGGUGGCAUAAAAGAGUUGAAAGAUUAUUUUAAUAUGCUAAGGUAAGUAGGUAGUCAUCUUGGACCAUUAUGAAAUUCCACACUUUUGUACUUGUGUUUCAGCAUUCAAAAUGCCACGAGCUCCUUGAGCAGUGUAUGGUGAAGCCGGUGAAAUCGGUCUAUAGAACAACCUUUUCCGUUGCCAUCAAGUUCUUAGUUUUUUUCUUUACAUUGCUAUAUCUUGGUCUUCAUUAUUUUUUCUAGCUAGAUUGUGCAACAGAAGUGACUUACAAAGUGCCAAAACGAAAAAAAAAAGAGAGAAAAAGUUGCUUAAGUUUUUUUUUUCUUUUAAUACGUUGGCCCUUUAAUGCAUGGACUGUUUAUCCUGACAACGAUGUGCACUUGUGAUUCCUUCCGAUCUAUGUUUUUAUUGUAACACUGCGGUCCCAGUAUUGUUCGAUGUGAAUACUCCUUUUUUCGGUUCCUCACACUGCCUAUACGUUCAAGCAUGAAGUGAGCUACCUACUUCUUCGAAAGCAGCAAUCGUUGUAUCCAACUCAUUGUUAAGUUUGGCGGCAUCUUGCAUAAAUAUAUUAGAGUAGUGUAUGUAGCUCCAACCGGAUAUUUGUUUUACCAGACUCGAAUCAAACCGACGAUGCUUUACACACUUGCAUUUUUAUUGCGCCCUUGUAUCGGCAAUGCUUUUAACCACGCACAUUGCUUGCAGCUCGUGAUUGAGACGGUGGUAUUCGCUUUCAAAGCUCCCCGAUAGAGUCGUGCUUCUAGAGUUACGAUGAGCGGGGAUGACUUGUCUUCUUUUGUUUUCCUCCACCAAGUAAUUUUUCCGCGGCAUUGCGAAGAACUUGGGAGUGGCGAGUGAAUUGUCCUCGUGCGCUCGGAGGUUGACCUUCCACAAAGUAGAGGACGCUAUUUUUGUAGGUAUUGCAAAUCUUGGGGCAGUUGUAUAAUCGACAGAGUUGUGCAAAGAUUGCAUUCCAGUGUACUAUAGUGUGAUUGUAUCAUGAGUGGGUGUCAUUGCUGGAAUUUGGCACGUGCAGUGUGACGGGCUUGUGCGAUGCCUUCAAGGAUUUGAAAUUGUUAGAUUCUUCGAAACACCUUUAUGCUUUCAUUCUCAAGGCCACAAGAGCAAUCAAUGGGGUGGGUCACCUCAUUUUUGAACAGAUGGGAUGGUGUGCUCAUACUAUUAGUUUUAUAACGGCACAGGUUGUAAGUUUGCAUGGAGGCAUAUUCAGGCACCAGGCAACAUUCCAGAAAUUUUGAUGUGAACAAGCUUUCGCGGGUGACUAGCAGAAGGAAAAGAACAUUGGUUUCUUAUCCUUCCAUGUCAACACCAGUUGUCAUCUGCUAUCACACUUCUUUUAGCGGACAAAAGCAUCCGAUCCUUAAGCUGAUAGAGCCACCUGUUGACUGCAACAGAAUGUGACUUUUGUCAUUGGCAACUAAACUGAAAUCAAACCUUGAAACAUACAUUUUUACUUCUAUCCAUGGCGACUUUAAAUGCUGUGAUUUUUGUGAAGUUUGCCACCACCCUAUUACGCAUCUGUGAAAGGUCACAAUGUGGCCGAACCAAGGUUAGAACCAGUCUUUUUACAUUGCUCAUACUUACGUGUCCUCACUCAUUAAAGGCGACUAUUUCUAGGUUUGGUGAUUAGUAGUGUAUUUUGGAAGUUAUUGUCCUUCCUGCUAGAGCACAGUUUUUAUUGCGCACUAUGGUGUGCGAAUGCUUGCUUGCUGUGGAAGUGUGCCUGAAGCAGGGCUGCAGUGUUCCAAGCCACCGUGGACUCUACAUACAGCACUGUGAACUAUGCAAGGACACUUGGUCUGCGCGAAAUAGUUCCGAAUUAUCCCCUUCGCCGUUGGUGUUUGGAACAAUUCAGGUUUCUAGUCAAACACAUUUUUGUUUAUUUGUUUUUUUUUUUCUUCAAAUUAACUCUUCAAAAAUUUCAGUUGUGUGUGCUUUUUGACACCAUGUGAAUAAUGAAUGUCAGAGGAACAAAGCAAUGUAUACAUGAAGAGAUUUAAAUAUACAGCUUAUCGUAUGAAUUCCAGCA